AUGACAUCCGGCGAAACGGGGCACCAGACGCCCCCGGACGGCCGCACAUGGCGCAAUCAUUUCCCCGCCGGCGAUCUUUGGGUUUUCGGAUAUGGGAGUUUGAUUUGGAAACCUCCUCCGCAUUAUGACCAGAGAGUACCGGGAUAUAUUGAUGGCUACGUGCGCCGGUUCUGGCAGGCCAGUACCGACCACCGAGGCACGCCAGAAGUCCCCGGACGAGUCGUGACCGUCAUCGAGCGGAAAUUCUGGGAGACCUUAGAUGAUCCGCUAUCUCACCUCGAGUCAACAGAUACCAAAGUCUGGGGCGCGGCAUACCACAUCCCAGCCUCGCACGCCGAAGAAGUCCACGACUACCUCGACGUGCGCGAGAUCGACGGCUACAGCGUGCACUACACGCCGUUCCACCCGCUUGCAAACGACGCCUCCCCCCUCACCUGCAUGGUCUACAUCGGGCAGCCGUCGAAUCCGCAGUUCCUGCGGGAUCCGGCGCGGCGCGAGCAGCAGGAUGUGGCGGAGGUGGUGGUGCGUGGGGAGGGACAGAGCGGGAAGAACACCGAGUAUCUUUAUUUGUUGGAGAAGGCGCUGGAGGGGCUGGGGUUGGGGAGUGCGGAUGGCCAUGUUACGGAUUUGGUGAGGCGGGUUAAGGACUUGGAGACGGUGGAGAGGGCGAGGGAGGAGGAAGAGGCUGCGGAGAGGGAUCUUAGGGAGUCGCUUGGGAGGUCGUAG